UGAUGUUUACCUAACUUCAUCAAAUAUGUUUAGUUAUACUUUAGAAGUUAACUAUAGAUAUUAUACUAAAAACAAAUAAGUGUUUAAAUAUGAAAUCAGUGAUUUUAUUAACUUAGGAAGAGAUGUCGUUGAAUCACUAUAUUCAGUUCAUCAAAAUUAAGAUUUUAUUUAAAUAAAAUCAUAACUCGACGGUAGUAUAUUUAACUGA